CGCAUUAGAAAGCUGUUUUGGCGGGCGUUGCGCAGAAGCGGUGGCCGUGAGGGGGUACAAACCAGGGAGGGGGAAGUUGGUUUCGUACCGAGCCGUUACUUUCCCCAGGAAUUGGGUAGCCUUGGUGCAUUAGGUACAACUUCUGCGCUAUGGGAAAAAGAAACAAGAGGACAGCAGAUAGUUCGUCCUCUGAAGAAGAGGAGGAAUAUGUUGUGGAGAAGGUUCUAGACAGGCGUGUUGUGAAGGGUCAAGUGGAGUAUCUUCUCAAGUGGAAAGGAUUCUCUGAGGAGCAUAAUACUUGGGAACCUGAAAAGAACCUUGAUUGCCCUGAACUGAUUGCUGAGUUUAUGAAAAAAUACAAAAAAAUGAAGGAAGGUGAAAACAAGCCUCGGGAGAAAUCAGAGGGCACCAAGCGAAAGUCUAGCCUUGCCAACAACACUGAAGAGAUCAAAGCCAAAAAGAAGAGAGAGAGCACCGAUAUUGCCAGGGGCUUUGAAAGAGGAUUGGAGCCAGAAAAAAUCAUCGGAGCCACAGACUCCUGCGGAGAUUUAAUGUUCCUAAUGAAAUGGAAAGACACUGAUGAGGCUGAUCUGGUUCUAGCAAAAGAAGCCAAUGUGAAGUGCCCUCAAAUUGUGAUAGCAUUUUAUGAAGAAAGACUGACCUGGCAUGCAUACCCAGAAGAUGCUGAAAACAAAGAACGGGAAGCAGUGAAAAGCUAAAGUGGCUGGGGUUCUCUGUCCAUCCAUAAUUGUACAUAUCCACCCCCCCCUUUCCCUCUGCCCAAAUGCAUCCAUGGAAAUGUGCUUAUUACUGUGCUCGACAGGAGAAAUGUUGAUAUUGGUUGGUUUAGUCAUAACAUAAAUGGUGUGAGUCACGUUUGGUUUCCCUCCAGGAGAUUGACAUGCAGUGUGGAGUUCUAUCACCCCAUCAUUAAUAACAAUAAUGGUUCUUGUUUUUAAAGCGUCCUCAGAGCCUCUAGGCCUUUUCUUCCUGCCUGGCUGUUUAGUUCUGCCCAAUCAUGUUCUGUGUAGAGAAUUGUUAAGCAUCAUAGUUACUGAUUUAAAAAUGGCAGGAGCUCCCUGAAUUCAGGACAGACUCGACUGACCUAGCCCAGGCUUUGGAUUCUCAGAUCACCAAAAUAACAACCAAGCUUGUUAACAAGAUCUUAGGGAAGGGGGAAGGGCUUUUUCUAGUUUCUUUUAAAAUUGCUAACAUGUUCCUUGAAUUGCAUUCAAAAUGUUAGGUAGCCAUUUUCACCCAAAUUUUCUAACUUCAGGUCAGAAUAGGAACCUUUCAAACAAAUAAAAAUUAGUUGGCAAGGGUAACAUCCCUCUUUUGACCCUGUAUUUCUCAUCUUAUUCCUUUCAUUCCUGCGUAUCUCUUUCUUAUUACUGGUGCUAUUUGGAUGACAUGUUUAGUUAGAUUAUAAGGGUAUCUAAUUAAUCGUGUGUACUCCAAAAAUUGAGUUAAUCAGCCCAUUGCCUAUCCUGGCAACAAGUCCUUCCUCCUCCCCCCCUCCCCCGCCACGACUGUUACUUACUAGACAAUUAACUCCCUCUUUUAACAGCUGUGAUCAAAAUGUACUCCUAGAGAAGCCCUAUAAAAUGCUCCUUCUGUGGGCAUUCCAUUUC